AUGGAUACCUCGGCACCUUUGCCUCCCGUCCCCCCGUCCCCGAACCGCAACCCAGCCCCACGGACCAUCCAGAUCGAGUUCCCUCAGCACAGCUCAAUGCUCCUGGAGGCCCUGAACCGGCACCGGCUGGAGGGGAAGUUCUGCGACGUGUCCCUCCUGGUGCAGGGCCGGGAGCUGAGGGCUCACAAAGCAGUGCUGGCUGCUGCCUCUCCUUACUUCCACGACAAACUUCUCCUGGGGGAUGCCCCGCGUCUCACCCUGCCCAGCGUCAUUGAAGCUGAUGCCUUCGAGGGGCUGCUCCAGCUCAUCUAUUCAGGGCGCCUGCGCCUGCCACUGGAUGCUCUCCCUGCCCACCUCCUCGUGGCCAGUGGCCUCCAGAUGUGGCAAGUAGUGGAUCAGUGCUCCGAGAUUCUUAGAGAAUUGGAAACCUCAGGUGGAGGAGUUGCAGCCCGGGGAGCCACCCCUUAUCACACACUUCUUUCCACUACCUCAUCAGCAGGAGGUUGGUGCAUUCGCUCUUCCUCUUUCCAGACUCCGGUGCCGUCUUCUGCUUCUACCCAGAACCCCGUUGGAGGGGAGGGGAGUGAACUGGGAGAGGUGUUACAGAUUCAAGUGGAGGAGGAGGAGGAAGAGGAAGAAGAUGAUGAAGACCAGGGGUCGGCAGCACUUUCUCAGACUCCGCAACCUGCCAGUGCCUCAGGGGUUCCCCACUCUCACGGGUCCCACUCACUGCCCAUAUCUGCUACGCCCCGCAGGCUUCCAGAGGAGGGGAGUGCACCACUUGAACCUCCUGCCCUUCCUUCUGCACCGCCCCCCAAAAUCUUCUACAUUAAGCAGGAACCCUUUGAGCCUAAGGAGGACAUAACCGGAAGUGGAACUCAGUCUGGAGGAGUAAGCGAGGAGACCACAGUGUUUCCUAGAGGAGUCACUGAAGGGAGCGGAGAGCUGGGGUUCUUGUCGCCCUCAGGAGUUGGGGCAACCUCUGGAGGAGGAGGUCCAUCCUGGAAACCAGUGGAUCUUCAUGGGAAUGAAAUCCUGUCGGGGGGUGGGGGGCCCGGGGGAGUGGGGCAGGCUGUUCAUGGGCCUGUGAAACUAGGGGGGACACCCCCUGCAGAUGGAAAAUGUUUUGGUUGCUUGUGCGGGAAGCGGUUUGCAGUGAAACCAAAGCGUGACCGGCACAUUAUGCUGACAUUCAGCCUCCGACCCUUUGGCUGUGGGAUCUGCAACAAGCGCUUCAAGCUGAAGCACCACCUGACAGAGCAUAUGAAGACCCAUGCGGGAGCCUUGCAUGCCUGUCCCCACUGCGGUCGUAGGUUCCGAGUCCAUGCCUGUUUCCUUCGUCACAGGGACCUGUGCAAGGGCCAGGGCUGGGCCACUGCUCACUGGACUUACAAGUGA